AUGUCCAACGAUAGCCACUUUUGCAGCUAUGGGAUGAUCCUCCUGGGCUUCAUGACCAUCAUCCUUGCCCUUAUCCUCAGCGUAUUCACGUUGGUUCUCACCAACGACAACCACCACAUGUUAAGUGACGCGACGAUCGCAUCUGGUUACAAAGACACAACCUUCAAAGUGGCAUUCUGCGAGAUUGGUACCUGCAAGGAAGAGAAAACAUUCUGGAAGACGGUGCUUAUGCCAGCCUCGACGAUGACCGAAACAGCAACCGUGUAUGUGCCGGAUUAUGAUGGUCCUACGCAAGCAGCGACAAUCGAUAUGGAUGUCCAACCAACGACUCUUGCGCCUCGUGUUCUGCCGACAAGCAAUGUCGAGGAGGCUGAAAAGAAGAAGUUUUCGAUCAGAGGAAUGAAGCAUGGAGAUAUUGUCGAUGUCAACAAGCCGGAGAUGCAGAUGUGA